CACACGACAAUAAUGGCGGUUACUUCAAAGAGUUGUCGUCCCAAACAAAGAUGACAUAAUACACGAGAUAAACCUGUCUGACAGAAGCGUUGAUGACCAUGAUGACGGGUUUGUGACAAUACCGCUAAAUAUGGAAAUACUUCAUGAUGAGAAACUAAUCUUAUGCUGAGAUAAAGAGGGGUUUUGGUCGAAGAGAGAGAAGGAAGCACGUGAAUGUUGCAGCGAGGUAGAAAAAGAUUUUCUUUUUUUCAGCGUAAGACGAACAAAUCACCAUGACUGAGUCCACAGAAGAUGAUUACAUCAAACUUGAGAAGUUGGGGGAGGGAGCCUUUGGGGAGGUGUUCAAAGGAAGGAAAAAAUACACAUCUGAGAUAUCAGCUAUGAAAUACAUGUCGAAGUUCCACAAGACCAAGAAGGAGCUGGAUGGCCUGAGGAACGAGAUCACCAUCAUGCAAGGACUUGCCCACCCACACAUCAUCCAGCUCCUCGACAGCUUCGAGACCAAGGAUGAUAUAGUGGUUGUGAUAGAGCUGGCAACUGGGGAGCUGUUCAGUGUACUCAUUGAUGAAGGAGGGUUUGCUGAAGACAAGGUUCGAGACAUCUCGUGUCAGAUGUCGUCAGCCCUGUACUAUCUCCAUGCCCACCGAGUGUUGCAUCGGGACCUGAAGCCGGAGAACGUCCUCAUAGGCAAAGGAGGGGUCAUCAAGCUGUGCGACUUUGGCUUUGCCCGAGCCAUGGGGAGGGACUCCUACUACGCAAAGACUAUCAAGGGCACCCCCCUGUACAUGGCCCCUGAGCUGAUGGACGAGACCUCAUAUACAGAGAAGGUGGAUUUGUGGGCUCUCGGGUGCAUCAUGUACGAGCUGUUUGUGGGAAGGCCGCCAUUCUGUUCCAUGAGCCCCUACGUGCUGCACAAGAUGAUUGUGGAGGAGCCUGUCACUUGGCCCAACAACUUCCCCAGUGAGCUGAAGGACCUUCUGCAAGAGCUGCUGAUCAAAAACCCCCGGGAGAGGUCCUCAUGGCCGGACAUCCUCAAACAUGGCUGGUUCAGGGGAGGCAUCAAAGUGUCGGAGGAGGACUUGGCCCUCGACAGCCCCUACACCAAGCCCGAGAUAGCUGCCCAGAAACAGAAGGAACACAGCGAAAAGGUUUUAGCUCUUGGUUGUGGUCGCAGCUUGACAUCAGACGAGACAGAUGGCAUCCGCCUGGAUCGAGUGGUGCUGUAUGAUAUUGAGGAGGAGCCUGAGAUGUAGGCGCCACCGUUCUUGUAGGAAUCCUUGUAUGAAGGAACACGUGUCAAGUUGAAGCAGCAAGUGUAACACAAGACACAGCAUGACGUGGUCACCUUGAACAUUGUUGUUAUUGAAGCCCUAGGGUGAUUUUGUGCCAUUGAAUUGAUCUGAACCUCAUUUUCAUCCAUGGAAUAUUUGUAAUGCAGAGAAUUUCACAAUCACCAUGACAUUAAUCUUAUCGUGUACUGUAUUUAGAAUAAUAUCACUAUUUAUGAUGACUCGUAUCAACCCAAGGUCCAAUAUAUCCACCCAAGGUCCAAUAUAUCAGCCCAAGGUCCAAUAUAUCAACCAUGUGCUGACCUCAGGUUUUAAUGUGUACAUCGAGCUUGUCAGGUAGGCAUGAAUGAGUGAGUUAGUCGGUGGGUGUGUGAAUGAGUGGAUGAGUUAGUGAGAGGGUGUAUGAGUGGGUAAAUGAAUAGGUGAGACGGUGAGUGAGUGAGUUAGUGGGUGUGUGAGUUGGUGAGAGGGCGUGUGAGUCAGUUAGUGGGCGUGUGAGUUGAUGAGAGGGCGUGUGAGUGAAUGAGUGGGUAAGUGAAUUGGUGAGAGGGUGAGUGAAUGAGUGAGUGAGUAGGUGUGUGAGUGAAUGAGUGACUAUGGAUUUAUGCUGCUUAUAGCAGUAUUCUAUACAAAUAUCUCAGCUCACCCAGAGUUGGUGAGAGGGUGAGUGAGUGAAUGAGUGAGUAUGGAUUUAUGCUGCUUAUAGCAGUAUUCUAUACAAAUAUCUCAGCUCACCCAGAAUUGGUGAGAGGGUGUGUGAGUGAGUGAGUGGGUGUGUGAGUGAGUGAGUGAGUGAAUGAGUGAGUAUGGAUUUAUGCUGCUUAUAGCAGUAUUCUACAAAUAUCACAGCAGGCCACGGGACAAAAGAGCUGCAGACAUGAUAACUGUGAUAGCAAAGCAAACACUAUUUUCUAUAAUGUUACAAAUAAAUGCUUUUACCACAAGGCUCACCCACCACUUCAUUAAUAUGUGAAAUGGGUAUUAAUUCGUAUACAACAAAAACACAAGACAAUGUCACAGAAUGAAUGGUGAGCCAUGAUGACUUACCGGUACAUGUAUAUUCCACAGCUGUCGCCCUAUCAGCCAAUAGCUGUUUCCAUUCCACCUUUCUGUCCAGUCUAUUCAGUAUUCAUGAUAUAUCUUAUAUGUAAUGAUAUUAAUAACACCUCAAGUUGACAUAUUUAUUGGCAUAGUUAUUCUCUUUAUCAUCGUUAUAAAUCACAUACUUUGGAAAACACUUCUCACGUAAGUCAGUUUUAGUGCUAUUUCAACAGCUUUCACCGUGUCAAAUGUUAUUUAUUUAUUUACAUAUUGACAAGUGCAAUCUCAUUAAAAUCAGAUCUUAGUUCUCGCUACCCCUCAAACAAAGAUUUGAGGAAAUCCCAUGAGGGGUCACGUAAGAACGACCUUUCAUCCGACCAAUCAGAGCGUCGCUUACCAGAUCAUGUAAGUGACAUUCGGAAUGUGAAUUCUGAUAAUGCAACCUCGAAAACUUUAACACGGGGUAUUCCGAACAACAGGUUUAACGACUGAAUCCAUACAAUGUAGACCAUCUAUUAGCCAUUCCAGAAUGUUCUUUUGUUCAGGUUUCAAAUUUGUAAU